GCUGGAAAGGAUCAGUUCGGACGGUGGCGGUGUUCCGCGUUGUGUGUUGUCACGUGUGUUGUCAUUCGUGGGAACGCAGGAUCAAAUUCGUUUUUUAUUUUUAUUUUCCUACAACUUUCUUGAGUCCACCAUCUGAGAAUGAGCUCGGAGACACACGAGGGCAAAGAUGAGGACUGUGUGUUCCUGGAGCGGGUUCUGGAUUCACUUUAUGACUUUGGAUCAGAAACAAAACAGAGACUCAAAACCCAAAAAAAGAAAAAGAGAAAAAGAUGUGAAGAACAGGAGGAAGAAGGGGAACUUCAAGCACUGAAAGAAACCUGCAGUGACAGUGAAGACAGCAGAGAUGCUGAGGUUCACAGCGGUGCAGAGCAGCAACCACCAAACCCUCAACUAAAAGGUCAGAGGAUCCAGUUGGAGAACAAGGUGGAGGUGGUCACAUUUCAGGACCCCAGAAAGAAAAUGAAAACCAAACAAACUCCAGUUUCCACCAAGAUUCCUGUUAAAUCUGCACAGGACGCUCAGAAAGCGGAGCAGAAGCAAAUCAGCCAGCAAGAGCAGCUCAGUUUGGAAAAGGCUCGUCUGGAGGUCCAUCGGUUUGGAAUCACAGGCUACAAGAAGGAGCAGCAGCGGGUUUUUGAGCAGGACAGAGCAAUAAUGCUGGGAGCCAGACCUCCAAAGAAGGGGUACGUCAACUACAAGGUGCUGCAGGAGCAAAUCACAGAGAAGAAGCAGAAAGCCAAGGAGGAGUUUCAGCCAGACAAGAAGAAAAAGAAGAAAAGCAAUCAAAAAGACAAGAAGAAACCAUCCAGCUCUGGUUCUGGUGUGGCGCCCUCGGGCCUGGUGGGUCGGUUCAAGAACGGCAUGCUGAUCCUCAGUUCGAAGGAGAUCCAGAAAAUCAAAAGCAACAAGUGAAGGGACAAGGUGCGAAGAUGAUAAUCCAGACAAGCAUGACAGAAAAUGGCAGCAGACUGGAGGAGGUUGUGCAGUGAGUCGGCGGGCCGCAGCAGACGAUCCUGAUUUCCUGACAAGACGCAGGUCUGCUGCAAACGUUGGAACGAGUCAAGCCUCUGAAAUCCCGAUUACAGACAUGGACAUUAAAUCUGUGGCAGGACAUGAACAUGCGCACAAACAAUGGACUUGGGGGAGAUAAAUUUCAGACCUGGUUUAUUUAUUUCCUUUGUUAUAAAGUACCAGAAGAAAUGAGACAAUGCAGUUUUUUGUAUUUGUCAUGUUUUCGGGUUUAAAAAUUAUGGAGUGGAGUUGGUUCUUGUCAUCAUUUACAAACCAUGUAGUCAUAUAAAACAUUUACAUUGGCAGCAGGGGACAAUUAGAGGACAAAAUUGAGGUAAGAAAAAGUACACACAUUUUAUUUUUUUUUGUUGAAUAAAUAUAUAUACACUCUGAGACAGCUGAAGCCAAUGCAGUUUUCUGACACUCAAACCCACAUUUACAAAACUUGUUUCCAGCCUUUAAAAGGCUGUGCUGUAGAUGUAAACACUGGAGUUUCUGCAGAAACUGGAUUUUUUUUUUAAAGGGACAAUGUAAAACUUAUUGGAUUGAGCAGAAUAACGGGAGGCGGGGAACAGUUUAUUGGGUAGUUUGCAGCCGGGUGAGGUCACAGUUAACUCAAAGCAGCUUUUUAAGUUGUUUUUUGGGGGGGUUUUAUUCCAAAAUGAGGAGCUUGAGAAAAGACGAAGCUUCUAUGUAGUAGAUUCAAGCUGUAAACUGUACAUUUUUAAUAUUUUGCAGACAGCGAGUGUCUGUUCUGGUGACUUGCAUCAUCAGUGAACAACAACUGCAUGUCAUCAGCAGCAUGAUAACACAAGGUUGGUCAAACUGAACCAAACGCACUGAAUUGGAGUAAUUUAAACUGUAAUUUGAAAAAUCUACAUAUUAUAAAUUUAGUAUGAGAUUUUCCUAAUUGCUGUUUUUUAAGUUAAGUGUAGAAAUGCGAUGACAGGCUUUCCCCAGCAACAUACAAGCUAGAUUUAAGAAACAAGUCACAUUCAUGGGUGGGUUUAGGUAAAGGGACAUGCCAUACGAGCACAGUUACAAAAGUUAAGCAGGAGUCAGCAGGUGAAUCAAUUCAAUUAAUUGUGACAAUUGUGUUGUCACAGACUUUUUGAAAUAAGGAGAAGAUGUAGGCAAAUGUCUUCUGGAACCAUGUGAACAUGGUGCAUUAGAGCACCAUAGUGCAUGUGUUCAGGUCAGAAUUUCCUCUAAGGCAUUUAGCAAUAAACAGCAUGCACUGAGGAAAAAUGUUUCCUUUGUUACAGAAUGGAAGUGAUGUUCCACCUCAACUACUGGACCGAAGUGUUAUUUCUGGGUACAGUAAAGCCAGCCAUGGGGCAGGUUGUUGAUCUGCUGUCGAAGGUGAGGGGAAGAUCAGAGCUGAGCAGCCAGCAGAUCAAAAUAAAGCCCUGAGGUGGAAGCUGGUUGUCUGGAGAAAAUCAGGACACAAGUCCCUUUCGGCAGAUGCUCACAUUUUCGGAACCUAUC